AUGCAGGCCCCCACACAAGCUCCUAUUGUGUUUAUGAACACUUCUCAGGAAAGAACAACUGGUAGACAGGCCCAAAUCUCGAACAUUACUGCUGCAAAAGCUGUUGCUGAUGUGAUCCGUACAUGUUUGGGACCUAAGGCUAUGUUGAAGAUGUUGCUAGAUCCAAUGGGUGGAAUGGUUUUGACAAAUGAUGGACAUGCUAUCUUGCGUGAGAUCGAUGUGGCUCAUCCAGCUGCAAAGUCGAUGUUGGAAUUAUCUCGUACCCAGGAUGAAGAAGUUGGAGAUGGUACUACUACAGUGAUUAUCCUGGCUGGUGAGAUAUUGGCCCAGACUGCCCCUUACUUGAUUGAAAAGAAUAUUCAUCCAGUUAUCAUUAUUCAGGCCCUGAAAAAGGCAUUGUCCGAUGCUUUGGAAGUUAUCAAGCAAGUGAGUAGACCUGUGGAUGUUGAGAACGAUUCUGCAAUGAAAAAGCUGAUCAAGGCUUCGAUUGGUACGAAAUAUGUUAGCCACUGGUCCGAAAAGAUGUGUGAUUUGGCUUUGACUGCGGUCAAGACUGUACGUGUUGAGUUGGGACAAGUAUCUGAAGGUGACCCAGCAUUUGAAAUCGAUACUAAGAGGUAUGUGCGUGUGGAGAAGAUCCCAGGUGGUGAUGUCUUGGAUUCCAGAGUGCUGAAAGGUGUGUUGCUGAACAAGGACGUUGUUCAUCCAAAAAUGGCUCGUAUGGUACAGAAUCCAAGAAUCGUUCUACUUGACUGUCCUCUAGAGUACAAGAAAGGUGAGUCUCAAACAAAUAUAGAGAUUUCCAACGAGGAGGACUGGAAUAGAAUCUUGCAAAUUGAGGAGGAGCAAGUCAAAUAUAUGUGUGAGCAAAUUUUGGCAGUCAAGCCAAACGUUGUUAUUACAGAAAAGGGUGUCUCUGAUUUGGCUCAACACUUCCUACUAAAGGGUGGUUGUAGCGUGCUAAGAAGAGUCAAGAAAUCUGACAACAACAGAGUCGCUAGAGUUACAGGUGCAACUAUUGUCAACCGUGUUGAAGAUUUAAAAGAAAGUGAUGUCGGUGUACAAUGUGGUCUUUUCAAAGUGGAACUAAUCGGUGAUGAAUACUUUACGUUCUUGGAUGAAUGUCAAAAUCCAAAAGCAUGCACUAUUAUGCUUCGCGGUGGUUCCAAAGAUAUUCUAAACGAAAUUGAACGUAAUUUACAAGAUGCCAUGGCGGUGGCCCGUAACGUCAUGCUUGCGCCUUCCUUGUCUCCUGGUGGUGGUGCCACAGAGAUGGCCAUUUCGGUGAAGUUAGCUGAACGUGCUAAGCAGUUGGAAGGUAUCCAACAAUGGCCCUACCAAGCCGUUGCCGAUGCAAUGGAAUGCAUUCCUCGUACCCUGAUACAGAAUUCUGGUGGUAAUCCAAUCAGAGUAUUGUCGCAACUGAGGGCGAAGCACGCUCAAGGCGCUUAUACUACUGGUAUUGAUGGUGACGCCGGCAAAGUGGUCGAUAUGGUUGACUACGGCAUAUGGGAACCUGAAGUCAUCAAGCAACAAAGUAUCAAGACCGCUAUCGAAAGCGCCUGUUUGCUUUUGAGGGUGGAUGACAUCGUUAGUGGUGUGAGGAAACAAGAAGAGUAA